AUGCUGCUGCCCCGUGUGUUCGCGGGUGCCCCACGUCCCCGCCACGCCGAGGUGCCACCAUGGCACUGCCACCCCCCUCCUCCCCACAGCACCCCCCCGCCGGCGCGAUGUCCGUCCCAGGGCCCACACGGUUAACGCAGCCCUCGGCCCGUCCUUCCUCCCGGCGAUUGGCUCCCCCCGCUCAGCCCAGCAGCUAUUUCUCGGCUGUCGGGCUCGGAGGUGGCAGAAGGCGACAGGGAGAGGUGUCCCUCCCCCGCCACCGCUCUCCCCCGGGGGUGUGAGGAGGGUGCCCGCACCCCACGCCCGCCCCGGCCAUGGGGGGCUGGUCCCGCAGCGCCUGGAUUUUGCCCCUUUUCUUGGCUGGGCUCGUCCAGCCGGGGCAGAGCCAGGAGAGGGAGAAGGUGAAAUGCUACAGCUCGGUGCAGGGCACCAUCUAUGACUACGGGGCCCUGACCAUCGAUGGGGACGAGUACAUCCCCUUUAGGAAGUACGUGGGGAAGAUGGUGCUCUUCGUCAAUGUGGCCACGUACUGAGGCCUCACCCUGCAGUACCUCGAACUGAAUGCACUACAAAAUGAGCUGGGGCCCUAUGGGCUUGUCGUCCUGGGCUUCCCCUCCAACCAGUUUGGGAAGCAGGAACCUGGCCAGAACUCGGAGAUCCUCCCUGCGCUGAAGUAUGUCCGGCCAGGGGGUGGCUUCGUCCCCAACUUCCAGCUCUUCCAGAAAGGGGAUGUGAAUGGGGCCAAGGAGCAGAAGGUCUACACCUUCCUGAAGAACGCCUGUCCACCAGUGGCAGAAGAGUUUGGGAACCCCAAGAACCUCUUCUGGGAGCCCUUGCGGAACCACGACAUCAAGUGGAACUUCGAGAAGUUCCUGGUGGGCCCUGAUGGUGUGCCUGUCAUGCGCUGGUACCACCGUGCCAACAUUGCUGUCGUGAAGAAUGACAUCAUUGCCUACAUGAGGCAACAGCAGGGCCAGUAGAGGUAGGGGAUGUCAGCCUAGAGGGUGGCUUCCCCCCACUGCUGGCACCCCCCUCUCUGCUGCAGAGCUGCUCUCUGCCUGUCCCCUCAGGGGAUGCUCCCCAGCAGCAGGAGCCAAACGCUGAGCCAGCGCGCUGCCCCCUCCAUCGCUCCUGUCUCUGGCACCCCCCAGCUCAGAUGCAGUGGCAGAGACCCCAGUGAUAGGAGGGGGACAUUUCCCAAUAACCCCACAUCCCACCUUCACCCCCAGCAGUGACAGCUCCUGGCCACCAGCUUGCCCCCCUGCCUUGCCAGGCAGCAGGGCGAUGCAGGGGCCAGCCACCCCCGAAGCAGAAGAUCACGUCUCCAUGAAGGUUUGGCCCGAAAGCCCCCGGCGUGGGGCGGGCCUGGCCUGAUCCUGCUGGGCACAGAGCAGCUCUUCAGUGCAUUCAAGCUGCCCGUGGUCCCAGUGCAGAGACAUGCUCCUCUCCCGGCUGGGGAUGGCCAGCCCCUCGCCCCCUGCCACAGAAAUGCCAAAUAAAGGCUCUGCAAACACGCA